AUGAAGCAGUAUCUAGGGGAGAUGGAGGCAUCCACUGGCAUUGCUAACCUGAAGGACAAAAUACCGAUCAUUGAAGCGAAUGGCAGUGAUGUAAAGUCCAUGUCAAAGGCAUUUCAGAAUGCUAACUUGGUGAUGAACUGUAUCGGUCCUUAUUCACUCCUUGGGGAGCCUGUCGUGAAGGCCUGCAUUGACUCGAAGUCCAUUCAGUGCAACUACAAUGCCGCAGCUGCACGCAAUCAAGUGUACGUCGUUGGAUCUUGUGGAUUCGACUCAAUUCCGGCCGAUAUUGGCACGCAGUACCUCAAGCAGAAGUUUCCCGGCCACCUGCAUCAAGUGGAGCACUUGCUUGAGCUGUGGUACAAUGAGAGAAAUCGUUUCAGCUACGCCACUUGGAUUGCACUGAUUGAAGGCUACAAACACGCACCUCAGCUGAAGCGAAUUCGCAAGGAGCUCUUCUCACCGACGAGUUCAGUUUACAAGCCGUACACCUGGAUUGUUCCACAAAAACGCUCUUCAUUCAAACGAAGCUCCCGUGGUUACAUUGUUCCCUUUCCAGGCAGUGACCGGUCAGUGGUCAAGCGAACUCAGCUUCACCGCUACUCCGUCUUCAAUGAACUGCCAACUCAACUGGAGGCCUACUACUGCAUUCGUGAUCUGAAGACGGUACUCCGCUACGCUGCCAUGGGCUUCAACCUUAGCACCUUCACUAAAUACGAGUUCACAGAGAGGUUGCUGCGAAAGUACGGUGACUUCUUCUCGCUGGGCACAUUUGAGAAGGGAAAGAUGCCCGAUCGGCAGAUGCUGCUGGAGAAUCAGUUCAAGUUGACACUGCUCGGCAGAGGGUGGCCCAAGAAGAUUGCCGACUCGGAUAAGAGUGUCAGCAACAUGACACAGCAGUCGGCAGUGAUCAUUCGCGGGGGUGAUGGCGCCUACAUUGAGACGGCCACCAUUGCCAUCAACACGGCGCUGGUGCUGCUGGAGGAGAUCUACCGACAGCAGAAGAACACCACCCUUCCUUACGGCGUCAUCACACCGGGCAGUAUAAUUCCGCCUGAAGCUCUGGUGAAUCGACUAAACAGAGAAGGUCGUGUAGUUGUUGAUUUUGUUGAGAACUACCAGGGCGAAUGA